GGUCACAACCCGGAAGUGUUUACAGUGCUGCAGGUUUUCAAAGCAGUUUCAGGUGUGAGUUUGUAGAUAAAUAAACUGAGCCAUGGCUUCAGCGAAGGAAAUUUUACAGAUGGACCUGUAUGCUUUACUCGGAGUUGAAGGAACAGCGUCGGAGAAAGAGAUCAAAAAAGCGUACAGACAGAAAGCUUUAACCUGCCAUCCAGACAAGAACCCAGACAACCCAAAGGCUGCCGAGCUCUUCCACCAGCUCUCACAGGCCCUCGAGGUGCUGACUGAUGCAGCGGCCAGGGCUGCCUAUGAUAAGGUUCGUGCUGCCAAGAAACAAGCUGAGGAGAGAACACGGAGACUAGAUGACAAGAGGAAAAAGAUCAAGCUAGACUUAGAGGCCCGUGAGCGGCAAGCGGAGGCAGAAGCUCAAGAAGCAGAGGAAUUCAAAAUCUCACGCACAUUAGAAGAAGAGAUCGCCCGGUUGAGAGAAGAAGGCUCCAGGCAGCUGCAGGAAGAGCAGAGGCUGAUUCGAGAGCAGAUCCAAAGAGAGAGAGAGGGGAGGCUGCACACACACUCAGAUACAUCUAAACAGGGCAACAGAAAUACCACCCCUAAAUUAAAGCUGAAGUGGAAAUGUAAAAAAGACGACGACACAAACGGCGGAUAUUCUCAGGAAUUUCUUCAGCGCCUCCUUCAGAAGUAUGGAGAUGUCUUGAACGUUGUCAUGUCCAGUAAGAAGAAAGGCAGUGCUGUGGUAGAGUUUGCAACAGUUAGAGCAGCGGAACUGGCAUGCAAAAAUGAGAGUGGCCUGACCGGAAACCCUUUAAAAAUUGUCUGGCUGGAAGGACAACCUGAAUCCGCGGCUUCAAUGGCACCCAAUCAUACGUCAUUCACUCCUUCACAGAACUCUCUGAGCAGCGAGCGGGAUUAUGAGAGCCUGGUGCUGAUGCGCAUGAGGCAGGCUGCAGAACGACAGAGGCUGAUCGAGCAAAUGCAGAAGGAGGAUGAGGAGGAGGCAGCGAAAACCUGACCGCAUCACAAAAGGAUCCUUCAUUACUGCUCUUUAAUUUCUGUCUUUAUUUUGACAGUAAUUUAAGUCCUCACAAAUCAAUAAAGUAUUUUCUUUGGUAAAAGAUGGCGAA